GGGGUGUUUUCCAGCUUUAAAAAGGCAGCAGUCACAGAGCAGCCGUGCGUCAGAGAGAGACUUAGAGACUCUUCAAACUUUCCUGAUCAAAAUAAACCCCGGCCCCGAAUAAGACACCACGAGAAGGGAGGGAGAGCGCGUGUGAGUAACUUCCCAAGCGCCCGCUCUCUCCCUUCUCAGUUUGGAGCAGGAUCUCUCGCGCCUGCCCCACAACCCCUCCCUCUCUUCUCCCUCCCCGCACCGGUCCCACUCAGCGCUCGUUUCAAUGACGUCUCCCUGAGGACAACUGUUUAAGAUCCAGCAUUAUUCUGUCAAAGCAAACAAAAACAACAACAGACAGCCCCGCGUCUGGCUCUCCACAUUUCGUGGUGGGGGGAAACGUCAACUUCGACUCUGCGUUUUAAUAUAUUUAGAGACACGCGGUGUGGUGCGGGAGCGGAGCGAGCGAGCGUGGACCUGCCUCCUUUCCUCUGCCUUCACCUCACUUUCUCGUUGCUGAGCGGAUGCCAAGAGGCGAUCCUCCUCGUCAAAUCCUCUUUGCACCUCGAGAUCCAGCCAAGUGGUGAAAGGGAAACUUUUGGUGCGAUUCCAGCCAUCGCCGCAGCAUGAAAUCAGCAGAGGAAGAACAUUAUAACUAUGCAUCUUCAAAUAUAAAUUCAAGCUUGCCUCUAAGCGUGGCACAUUCUUCAUUGUCAGCUCCAUGUCAUGGCCUUCAGACAUCUAAUCCAGUCAUUUCGAUUGUCCCAUCAACUAAUCAUCCUUCAGGAUAUGGAGGGCAUACUGACAGUGGCACCGCUGGAUAUUAUCUGUCUCCAAAUGUCAGACCUAAUGGAGUGCCUACAUUAGAAAGCCCUAGAAUUGAAAUAACCUCUUAUUUGGGACUGCAUCAUAACAACAGUCAGUUUUUCCAUGAUGCCGAGGUUGAGGAGCCCAUCCCAAAUGCAAAGAGAUCACCUACGACUGCAACGUUGAACUUACCAAAUAUUGAGGCUUAUAGAGACCCAUCUUGCCUGAGUCCAGCAAGUAGCCUGUCUUCUAGAAGUUGCAAUUCAGAAGCAUCUUCCUAUGAAUCUAAUUACUCUUAUCCUUAUACUUCACCUCAGACAUCUCCUUGGCAAUCUCCAUGUGUAUCACCUAAGACCACUGACACUGAGGAAGCGUAUCAGCGAAGCAUGGUAGCCUGCACAUUAUUGAAUUCCCCUAGACAUUCUCCUUCAGCAUCUCCCAGAACAAGUAUUACUGAGGAAAACUGGCUGAGUACUCGCAGCUCUAGGCCAUCUUCUCCCUGUAACAAGAGAAAAUACAGCUUGAAUGGCAGGCAGACAUCCUACUCGCCACACCACUCUCCAACACCCUCUCCCCAGAAUUCUCCAAGGGUAAGCGUGACUGAUGAGACGUGGCUGGGAAACACUAACCAAUACACCAGUUCAGCCAUUGUCGCAGCUAUCAACGCCCUCACCACUGACAGCACAAUAGACAUGAAUGAUGGGAUCCCUAUCAAGUCUAGGAAAACUGCAAUAGAUCACACCCCAUCCAUGACGCUCAAAACUGAACCGAGCGGUGAGGAUCAUGGGACCAUAUCACCAACAGCCGACUUAUCACCAGAAGAGUUUCCUGGGUUUCAGCACAUCAGGAAAGGAAACUUCUGUGAUCAGUACCUUUCGGUGCCACAGCAUCCUUAUCAGUGGGCCAAAUCUACGCCAUUGUCACCAUCGUCAUACAUGAGCCCAUCCUUGCCUGCUCUGGACUGGCAGUUGCCAUCUCACUCAGGACCUUAUGAACUUCGGAUUGAAGUGCAGCCUAAGUCCCAUCACAGAGCCCAUUAUGAGACUGAAGGGAGUCGAGGGGCUGUCAAGGCAUCUGCUGGGGGACAUCCAGUGGUGCAGCUACAUGGUUACUUAGAAAGUGAACCGCUCACAUUACAGCUGUUCAUUGGGACUGCAGACGACCGCCUGCUGCGACCCCAUGCCUUCUACCAGGUUCACCGGAUCACUGGGAAGACCGUUUCCACAACCAGCCAUGAAACAAUACUUUCCAACACCAAAGUUUUGGAAAUUCCACUUCUUCCUGAAAACAACAUGAGAGCAAUCAUUGACUGUGCUGGAAUACUGAAACUUCGAAAUUCAGAUAUUGAGCUGAGGAAAGGAGAAACCGACAUUGGAAGGAAGAAUACACGGGUUCGACUGGUCUUCCGUGUUCAUAUCCCCCAACCUAAUGGGAGAACUCUUUCUCUGCAAGUAGCAUCCAACCCUAUUGAGUGCUCUCAAAGAUCUGCUCAGGAACUGCCCUUGGUAGAGAAACAAAGUGUUGAUAGCUAUCAUGUGAUGGGCGGAAAGAAAAUGAUACUGAAUGGACACAACUUUCUUCAAGACUCCAAAGUCAUAUUUGUGGAGAAAGCUCCAGAUGGUCAUCAUGUGUGGGAAAUGGAAGCCAAAACUGAUAAAGAGUUAUGUAAGCCAACUUCAUUGGUGAUUGAAAUUCCACCAUUCCGCAAUCAGAGAAUUACAAGUCCCGUCCAAGUUAAUUUCUAUGUCUGCAAUGGAAAGAGAAAGAGAAGCCAGUACCAGCUUUUCACCUAUCUUCCUGCUAAUGUUCCAGUUAUAAAAACAGAACCCACUGAUGACUAUGAGCCUGCUCAAACCUGUGGACCAAGGAACCAAGGAUUAAGCCCUCUCUCCAAAUCAUACUACAGCCAACAGAUCAUGAUGCCUCCUGAUCCUGGCUCAUGCCUUGUGGCUGGCUUCACUUCCUGUCAGCAGAGAAACACUGUGAUGUCAUCGUCUCCCAGCUCAAGUCCUAAGCUGCAUGUUCUUUCCUCUCCUGCUUACAAGUGCAUCACCAACCCAGGCCACAGCCACCUAGGACUUCAGCAGACGGUUGGAGGUGUCCCCACCAUACAGGAAGUGCCAAGGUCUAUAGUUGUGCACCCAAGCUCUCCAGAUCAGUCAUCUCACAUCAUGCUGCAGCCGCAGGUGAGUCAACAUCUGAGCAGUAGCUGUUCCCUUGGUUACCAACAAACACUCUAUCCCAACAGUCCCUCCUCUCCAGUUCCAUCUGUAACCCAAGAGCCAACCUAUUUGCAGUCCUGCAGUCCAACUCACUCAUCCAUAAUGGGUCAGCAGCAACUGCCGAAUGUUCAAAGAAAUGAAUCUCCAGCAAAUCAGCCACUGUCGUUGCCCGAGUUGCAUGAGGACAAUAAUCAUAAUUUGGCCCCUAUUCCUGUAACGAUCAAGCGAGAGCCUGAGGAAUUGGACCAGUUAUACCUGGACGAUGUAAACGAAAUAAUAAGGAAUGACCUCUCCAGCACCAAUGUCCAUUCAUAGCUGGCCAUCAUGAAGCUUAGCUGAGACAUCAGCUUCAGAUAAAUGGAAGAUCAUCCCUCGUAUCACACUGCUCUAUUCCUUCCUUGAAUGUUUGGAACAGACAAUUACCUCUUUUCUGUAUUUCUAUACAUAAACCUAAUUGGCUGACUUCAAUCAAGAAAACAUCUUUGAAGAAAAUCAUCUCAAGGAAAAUGGAGGAAAUAAACUAUAAAAUGGUGUGUUUCAUGGAUUGAAAUAGAAAAUAUGACACAACAGGUGACUGGCUAAAAACUGGUUUUAUUUUCCUUUGGGCUCUACUGGACUACAACCCUGGAAGUGCCUUAUUUUGUUAGACUGUAGCAUCAGGACAUUUUACUGACAGCUUUGAAUAUGCUGCCAUCCAAAGUAUUUCUAGGCAUAGAAGCUAUCAAGCAUAUAUUGGAACUUAAUGUGUCUUUUUUUUUUAAAAAAAAGUGUGCUGGUAUGGGUAGGUUGCAUCUGCUAAGAGUAAGCCCACUGAAAUCAAUGGACAACAUUUCACUGGGUUUACUCUGAAUGACUUAAUUGGAUACAAUCCAUAGAAAAUAAAAUAUAUGUCUGAAUUCCUGGAUUUCUUCCUUUGAACUGUAUUUUACAACUUGUUGCCUUAUUCCUGGUGCAUUUUUAAAAACCCAGAUUGUCAUCUCAGUUCUAUAUUUUUCAGCCUGUUGCAGGUCUUUGCUCAUAAAUCAUACUGCAUGUUCAUACAUUGAAGUAAAUCAUUUUUUAGACAUAGCACAAGACAGUUGAACAGCACAAAACAUUAAGGUUGAUGGACAGAAACACUGAUAUCUAUAUUUUCCUCAACUGAUUUAUGUGUAUGCUUGUACAUAUAAACUAGCAUAUAUGCAUAUGCGUGUGUGUGUGUGUAUAUAUAUAUAUAUAUAUAUACAUGUGUGUGUGUAUAUAUAUAUAUAUAUCCAAUAUAACUAAUUGCCUUGUGGAGGCUCUGAAUUCAGCAAUAAUUUCUGCUUCUGAGAAUGCAGUCCAGAUCCCAUGCAAAUGCUCUUGCCAUUGUGGUUUUGUUAUGUUUAAGACAAUUGUGCAUUUUCUUUCCUCAUGCUGAUAAGUAAGCACUUUAGACAGUCAAGCAGGAUGCAUAUGAAAUUUGUAUGAAUUACCAAAUGACAAAGGAUGAGUUACAGCAGUUGUAAAUACCGUUAUCAAAGAAUGUAAAAUAUUUGUUCAAUUACAAGAUUAUUAUUCCACUGAAGCCUUAUAACUCUCUGCUAUGUAUACAACAAGUAUUACCAAAACCAAAUAUUUUAAUAUGCAAUGCUGUAUAGUCUGUUGUCAGAGUAGCUUCAUGUUUAUAAAGUACAUAUAAAAUUUAAGCAUGUAAUGUAGUCUUGUAUUUCGUACAACCAAUAAUGUUGUUACCAUAUAGCUAGCAACAGCAUAUUUCACAUAAACAAAAAGAAAGCAUGGCUUCAUUUUUAAAGCAUUUAAUAUUAAUAUUGUGCCUUAGAGAAUAUGUGUGAACUAUGCUACAGUUACUAAAGUGGUAACUGAGUACAGUGUACAGUUAAUGCUAACUCAACAGGUUUCACAAAAAGGUGAAACAGUCCUAACCAUUUAGAAAUAUUACUCUGCACAAUUAUGUCUUACUUUUUUAAAAAAUGAAAAGCCAUAUUUGUAACAUUUGCACAUUACUGUGAAAACGUAAGAAUAUAAUAUGGCUGUAUGUAAAUAAUAUUAUGUUACUGGUCCUUCUAAUUGGCUGAUUUCCCAUCUGUUUAGCAAGAGAUAUUUAUCCUGUGCUUAGAAGCUGCAUGCAUUUCUUCUAGAUUGCCAUAUUAUACAGUAUAUACAUAUAAAAAAAUGACAGUUUUCGCUGAUCUUGUAGCUAGAAAAUACAUAAAAUAAAGCACAACUUUCUGCAGAAAGCUAGAUUGGUUCAAUUGUUUUUGACUCUUGGGGGGAAAUUUUCAUGAAAUGAUAAAACUUUUUAUGUGAUAUGUUAAUAUCUAUACUAUGUAUAUUGCAGGCACUUCCAUUUCAAGUUGCUUUCAGUCUUCUAACAUAAUAAUUUUACCAUCCACCAACAACUGCUUCUGUACAUCCUCCAUUCAUUGCAACAGGAACUUGUGCUGGAGCAGCACGCGGUGGAUUAUACCAUAUUUUUGUAAGUAUCUUGCCAAAAAUUGCUCUUUUUCAUGUAUUCUACAUUUAAAAGAUGUGGUUUCCAAGAAAGAAAUUGAGAUCCAGUGUAAUUCUUAGAUGUUCAGUGCUCUCCCUUUUCCUGAAAUGUCAAUAGAGUGCAAGUGGAACAGCCUCCAGGUAUGUAAGGAUUUUUGACUCAGAUACAGAAAUGUCUUGGGUGAGGCUCUGACCACACAAGCACCACAAUGUUUGCAUUUCUGCAAUUACUUUAGCAAGAUAAUCAUGUGCAUUGUUCUCAGUAUGUCACACCUCCUUCUUUGUUACUGUUUGUUUUUAUUUUCUUUGAGAUGUUUUGGAAAUUUGUUACAUUCAACCAUAUCUCUAAUAAACUAUGCAUCAUCUCUUGUAUAUGUAUUCAUGAAUAAA